UAUUCAAAGGAAAAUAUUUACAAUGUUUCUUGUGGCAAAUAAAUUGUCAGCAGAGCAUUGCACAAGUUCAAUCUCACCAUCGGAGGGCCUCACUUGCAUUUGGUACUCACUUAGCCCAGAAAUAUUAGUGCAAUUCCCCACGAUCUUAUUGUGAAUAGCCAUUAGUUGGGCGGAUGGAGCUUUUCACCCCAUUCUGGAGCCUUUUUCACUUCAAAACAGUGAUAGCCACACCGUUUGGGAUUUAAUUCAAACUGCUUUGCAGGACGUCCAGCCAAGAGAUAUCUUCUUGUCACUCCUGAGAAACUCGCCCACAGCUGACCGGGCGGAACAAAACCACAGAGGGAUCCGCAGAUGAGACUCGGGAUAUUUCAACCUCAGUCCAGAGGAAGGGAGAUCCAGUGAAGGUUGACAAGGAAUCAAAGCGGUAGAGCUUGGACUGCGAGUGUUUUAAUCUGCCCUUUACGCCACAGCAUCAUGCUGUUUGUCCCAACUCUCUUGAUAACAGCCAUACUUUGGACAACAGCACUAAAUGGAGCUGCUCUGACUUCCUUUGCACACAUGAGUAAUCACAUUUCCUCAAUCCACAACCUGUCGUGUAUGUUUUAUAAUGACCGAAAAAUGACCUGUACCUGGGGUAUUAGCGCACAAGCACCAGCGGAUGCACAGUACCGUUUGUCUUAUGGGAUUUUAUAUGAACAAAAUACCGAGUCCAGAACAAUCUCUCGUAAGAAUGGUUGGAGAAAUGUGACCUGCCAUGUUCAGGACGUUGGCUUUGUGCUCUUCAACGAGAUGCAGAUUUGUGUCACUGAAUUAGGCCAAAACUUCUCAAAACCUCACUGCAUAGAUUUGACACCAGUCAUCUAUUAUAAGGUCAGUCCUCCAAUUAACAUUACAGUCAAAGAAAAUGCAGUAAUAUGGGAUCAACCAGAAGGUACACAUCCUUCCUUUGACUUUUAUUAUCAGAUACAAGUCACAGAGCAGAGUACCAACGUCAUGAAGAUUGAAAAUGUAACAUCCAAAAGCUGGAACAUUGAAAAUCGGAAGCAAAGCUACUCUGUAAAAGUGAGAGCAAGAAUUAAUAAUCACUUGGACUUUUCUAUCUGGAGUGAUUGGACUGAGGCUAUCAUUGUUGAGGCAGAACCGAACGAUUUCCAAGUGCUGAUAAUGAUUGCAGUAGUGAUUGCUUUCAUCGUUCUGAUGCUCCUGGUGAUAUUCACUUGCAGAAAGUCAUUGGACAAACUGUGGCAACCAAUCCCUGAUCCUGAAAUGAAGUUUAAAGGUCUAUUUGACCACAACCAUGGCAAUUUUCAGGAAUGGAUCAAUGCCAAAUCCUUGGUAGCCAAAAUACCUGAGGAAUGCAUUACAGUUACAGUGGAAGACGAGAUUUAUACAUAGAAUCCCUACAGUGCAGAAGAAUUCACACCAACCCUCUGAAGAGUAUCCCACCCAGACUUCAUAUUUACCAUGGCUAAUCCAUUUAGCCCGUACUUCACUGGAGACAACACCUAACCUGCACAUCUUUGGACUGUGGGAGUAAACCCAGAAGAAACAGGGAGAACAUGCAAACUCCACUAAGAUAGUCGCCCAAGGCUGGGAUCGAACACAGGUCCCUGGUGCCGUGAGGCAGAAGUGCUACCCACUGAACCACUGUGCCACCCUGUUUUGAAGUGAUCAAACAAUGUUAGAACAUGGAACAAUUAAUACCAAUCAGAAUACAGCAGCAGAAAACCUGUUCAAUAACAAGAUAAUCCAUUGACUGUAUUUUCUCUGAGUAAUAACUCAUAAGCUAAAAUGCUGCUUCUUUUUUUUCUUUUGGAUGCAUGAACUUUCACUCUCAUAUAUGUCAGCUACGUUCAGUGCUUUUUUGUCCUUUGGAGUCAUAGUCAUAGAGUCAUACAGCACAGAAACAGACCCUUCAGUCUAACCAGUCCAUGAUGAACAUUAGCCCAAA